CCGAAAUGGCCUUGUCUAGUAGAUGGAAACUUCUGAAUAAAGAGUUAGGGAAAUGGAGAAAUGCCUUGACAAAAGCAAAGGCGAACAUUCAAAGCGGUCAAAAUUUGACCGAUGAGCAGUUCGUGCGGUGGUUUCGGGAGGCUUGGCCCUACUUGUGGGCCCACCGCGGAGGCACUUUCGUCAUCAUCAUAUCCGGCGAAGUUGCGUCAAACCCAAACUACUUAAACCCUCUUCUCAAGGACAUUGCCUUUCUCCAUCACUUGGGGAUCAGGUUCGUUCUUGUUCCAGCCACCGACGUAGAGAUCCAUAAACUUCUGGCAGGCAGAGGAAAGAAGCCAGAGUUCGUCGGUCCUUACAUAGUCACCGACCCGGAAACCCUAGACGCCGCAAAGGAGGCGUCCGGGCUUAUUUGUUCGAACAUAGAGGCAGUUCUUUCCGCAGGGCCCUCCAUAUCCAACAUCCGACUUCGACAUGGCAGCGAUAGCAGCCGUCUUCAUGACGUCGGCGUGAGCGUUGCAAGCGGCAACUUUGUUGCGGCCAAAAGAAGAGGAGUUGUUACCGGUGUUGAUUAUGGGGAAACCGGCGAGGUUAAGAAAGUGGACGUCCGUCGGAUCCGCGAGAGGCUCGACGGUGGCGAUUGCAUUGUGUUGUUGCGCAACAUAGGCUAUUCCAGUUCCGGCGAGUCUUUGAAUUGCAACACUUAUGAGGUUGGAACGGCUUGCUCCCUUGCUAUUGAAGCAGACAAGCUCAUCUGCAUAAUGGACGGCCCGAUUCUCGACGAUAAGCGUCUCAUUCGGUUCCUCACUCUUGAAGAGGCGGAGGCAGAGGCAGACAUGUUGAUUCAAAAGCGAAAGCAAGAGCACCACCAAGGUUUAGGUUUUGCUGUUGGGGGUUAUGAGAGGCAGCAACAAAGCCAUCGGUUAAAUGGCUACAUUUCAGAACUGGCUGCUGCAGCCUUUGUUUGCAGGGGAGGGGUUGAGAGAGUUCAUCUCUUAGAUGGAACUAAGGGCGGUGUUUUGUUGUUGGAGUUGUUUAAAAGAGAUGGGGUGGGGACGAUGGUUGCAAGCGACGUUUACCAAGGAACCCGAAUGGCCACAGAGUCAGAUUUCUCUCGAGUGAGAGAAUUUAUACAAGCUUCAGAAGCUUCUGGAGAACUGGUUAGGAGAAGUGAUGAGGAGCUGCUUGAGAUGAUAUUGCUGGAUUGCUUCGCUGUUGUUGAAAGAGAAGGUCAAAUCGUUGCGUGUGCUGCUCUAGUUUCUUUCUCGGAAGAAAAAUGUGGGGAGGUUGCUUCUUUUGCAGUUUCUAUUGACUGCCGUCAACAGGGGCAGGGACAUAAGCUUCUUGAUUACAUUGAGAAGAAGGCAACUUGUCUCGGAUUGGACAAGCUCUUCUUGCUUACAACUAGAGCUUUCGAUUGGUUCAAGAGACGUGGGUAUUUUGAAUGUUCAAUUGAAUCAAUACCCGAGAAGAGGAGGGGAAAGAUUAAUCUGUCCCGUGGAUCCAAGUAUUUUAUGAAGCAGCUAUAG